AGGACAAUCUAAGAACGGCGGCUAACGUAUUUUUCCGGCGAUAACUUGGAAUCAAGUUCUUCACUUUCUUUUGUGUCUUGUCCUGAUUCAAAGAGAAUGGAGGAACCUAUGUCGGGGGAGGAAGGGGGAAUCACCAUCAUGGCUAAAUCCCGAAAAGCCCCCAAAACCGUAGUUCAAAUUCAGUCUCAGAAACUUGAUUCCGACAAGGAUGCUCCUCAGUUUGAGAAAUUUACAAAUCCUAACCCUAGUUCCGACACCACAUCCGUCGCUAAUUUCGAAGGACUUGGAUUAGCUGAGUGGGCUGUGGAAACGUGCAAGGAGCUUGGCAUGCGUAAACCCACUCCAGUUCAGACUCACUGCGUGCCGAAGAUAUUGGCCGGACGGGACGUCUUAGGGCUUGCUCAGACUGGUAGUGGUAAAACGGCGGCGUUUGCUCUGCCGAUACUUCACCGUUUCGCUGAAGAUCCUUAUGGAGUCUACGCUCUUGUGGUGACUCCGACUAGAGAGCUGGCUUUUCAGCUCGCUGAGCAGUUUAAGGCUUUAGGUUCGUGUCUGAAUUUGCGUUGCUCUGUGAUUGUGGGAGGAAUGGAUAUGUUGACCCAAACGAGGAGCUUGGUUUCACGACCUCAUAUCGUCAUUACUACUCCCGGGAGAAUUAAGGUUUUGCUUGAAAACAAUCCUGAUAUUCCUCCAGUCUUCUCUAGAACCAAGUUCUUAGUGCUGGAUGAGGCGGAUAGAGUUCUUGAUGUUGGUUUCCAAGACGAGUUGCGGACAAUCUUUCAGUGUCUGCCUAAAACUAGACAAACAUUGUUGUUCUCUGCUACGAUGACUAGUAACUUACAGACGUUGCUCGAACAUUCUUCAAACAAAGCUUAUUUCUAUGAAGCCUAUGAAGGGUUAAAGACUGUUGACACUCUUACGCAGCAGUACAUUUACGAAGACAAAGAUGCAAAAGAACUAUAUCUUGUGCACAUCCUAUCUCAAAUGGAAGACAAAGGCAUUCGAUCAGCUAUGAUUUUUGUCUCCACAUGCAGAACAUGUCAAAGGUUAAGUCUUAUGCUUGAAGAGCUUGAAGUGGAAAAUGCAGCUAUGCAUUCUCUGAAUUCUCAGUCAAUGCGACUAUCUGCAUUAAGUAAAUUCAAGUCUGGGAAAGUACCUAUAUUGCUUGCAACUGAUGUUGCUAGCCGUGGAUUGGACAUUCCUACUGUUGACCUUGUCAUCAAUUAUGACAUUCCGAGAUAUCCAAGGGAUUAUGUUCAUCGUGUUGGACGUACAGCUAGAGCUGGUAGAGGAGGUCUGGCUGUAAGCAUUGUCACUGAGACCGAUGUGGACCUUAUCCUUGAAAUAGAAGCGGAAGUUGGAAAGAAGAUGGAACAGUACAGCCAUAAAAAAAUCACUGACAGUUUAGAAGUCACCAAGGUGUCAAAAGCCAAAAGGGUGGCAAUGAUGAAGAUGCUAGAUGAUGGAUUCGAAGACAAGGUUAAAGACCGGAGGAAACUGAAACGUAAAACACUUACGGAUAAAGGCUUGUUUAAGAAGCGGAGCAAAAGGCCAAAAUCAACAGAAAAUUGAUGAAUAAAAUGAUCUUCAAAUUUUGUUCUCUUAGCUGCAUUUUGAACAGAAAAUCUCUGACAAUCCGUGUUUAACAAUAUGUUUACUUCACAUUUACCAAAUUUAUUUGUCUUGAAUCUUGGUUGUUCACAUUUUGUAAGAAACGUUCUGACAUCUAUCAUAUUUCUUUCCCC